GCAUGAAGUACCUAGACGUCUACCUGUGUGGAUCAGGAUGAGCACUCGCACAAGCCAGGGAGCGCGCGCACAGGUUCAACACAUGGCACUCAGAUCAACAGUUUGUAGUUCAAAUGAAAAAGUGAAUAUUUUGCAUUCCAAAGGCUAAAGCUUUACACAGUUGUGGCGUUUUAGUAGUUCAGUAGGUCUUACCGCAUUCCAUCAACCUCAGGAUAAUUGCGCUUCUCCAAGAUUGAAAUCGCCGCGCUAUUGGAUUGUUUUACGCGUUAUCUGUUCUUUGGUGGAUGAAGAGCUCGAAGAAAUAAGAUUGAAGCCGCUGACUCCACUCCAAGGGGAUUUUGCGCUCGUUCUCACUAAAUUAUGUGCUUCGUGAAAGCGCAUUAUUUAGGGGUGCCGAAUCUUCAAAGACAUUUUCAAAGUUGUUCACAGGACAAGCUUCUGUCAAACUUGGACUAGCUCAGCAUCAAACCUACGUAUUUUUUUUACUUUGAAAGGCAUCAUACAAUGGCUAUUCCACUUUCCAGGACGCAGCUCGCGCUAUUCUUUAUUUUACUGUGUCCUGUCAACAUUAUCGGGCUGUGGUGGGCAGUGGGGAGUCCGUUGGUCAUGGAUCCAAACAGCAUCUGCAGGAAGACAAAACGGCUGGCGGGCAAGCAGGCCGAACUAUGCCAGACCCAGCCGGAGAUCGUAAACGAAGUUGCCAAGGGUACAAAGCUGGGCGUGCGAGAAUGUCAAUACCAGUUUCGCUUUCGGCGCUGGAACUGUACCAGCCAGAACAAGUACUUUGGCAAAAUCCUCCAGCAAGACAUCCGAGAGACGGCGUUUGUGUACGCCAUCACUGCAGCAGGCGUGACGCAUGCUGUUACCCAGGCCUGCAGCAUGGGGGAGCUGCUGCAGUGCGGCUGCGAGGCAACGCGGACCAGAGGGCCACCACCCCGUUUAGGCAGUAUCGGCCCCACGGAAGGGGUGAAGUGGGAGUGGGGGGGCUGCGGGGAUGACGUGGAUUUUGGCUACGAGAAAUCCAAGCAGUUCAUGGACGCCAGGCGGAGGAAGGGCAAGAGCGACAUUCGCACACUGAUAGAUCUUCACAAUAAUGAAGCCGGACGAUUGGCGGUGAAGAAUUAUAUGAGAACUGAGUGCAAGUGUCACGGGCUGUCUGGCUCUUGCACUCUUCGGACCUGCUGGAAGAAAAUGCCUCACUUCCGUGAGGUGGGUGACCGACUGCUCGAACGCUUCAACGGGGCCUCCAAAGUGAUGGGCGGGAACGACGGCAAGACCCUCAUCCCAGUGGGUCAAAACAUCAAACCACCGGACAAGCAGGAUCUCAUCUACUCGGCAGAGUCUCCGGACUUUUGCCUGCCCAACAGAAAGACGGGGUCCCUGGGCACGCGGGGCCGAAUGUGCAACAGCACGGCUCUGGACGUAAGCGGAUGUGACCUCCUAUGUUGCGAGAGGGGACACCGGGAAGAAACGGUGGUUCUGGAGGAAAACUGUCUCUGCCGUUUCCACUGGUGUUGCGUAGUGCAGUGUAAAAAGUGCUCGGUUAGGAAGGAACUGAGUUUGUGUCACUAACCCAAAGCCCUUGUUCCAGAGAAGUCCAAAAAUCUCCUGGAAGUUGUGCUUGAACACUGACUCAACCAAGAUUCUUGGAAAUCUAGGUUUGCUCUGGGUUGACUCCAGAUUGACUAUAGAUUGUAUUGCACAUGAAUACACACUUCAAACCCUGAGGCUUUGGAAAAGAUUGUGCAAGUGUCUGAAUGCCUUAUACUACUUGGGGUUCUUCAACUGUAGAAACAAGACAUUUCCAAAUUCCUAUCAGCAAAGUGAAGUGGGCUUUGUGUAUCAGUUUUCUUUUAGAUCAGCCUCAUACUGUAUAUUCUCUCAGUUGAUUGCUAUAAGGGGUUACAUCCACUUUUAGGGGGAACACACACUCUUUGCAAGAAGCCACUUCCGUCUUGAAAAGAAAUAAGAGAAGCACAGAAACAUGAUUUCUGCUGGUGCAAUGGUAAAGGUUGUGUUUGCUCCGUACUGUCAAAAAUGACUGAAACAUUAAGCAAAGUAUUUGUUUUAGCGCUCUGAAAUAAUGGACGUCUUCUGGAUAAAAUAAUUGAAGACUCUUAUUUAUAAGCAUUUUAUGACUACUUCUAGCGAAUUGACUUAUGUCCUUCAUUUGCUAUCGAAAGCACUUUGAACAUGAGAACUUUAGUCAGAAAGAGUAACACUUUUACUCCUCAACUCGGUAGUUUCAAAGGUACAGAAGCAAAUGCAGGAGAAACGAUAUAAAAUAACCUUUAUGUGUCUUUGUUUGUCAUAUAUUUAAUCUACAGGGCUUUAAUGCACUUUUACUGAUACCACUCUUGUAUAUCUGUUUCCUCUCGAGUAAAACAUAUUUUCAGUGGUUUGUUUCAGUUUUGGUUGCUUGUUCUUAGAUUAAAGAGUUCUUGCAUAUUGUAUAUGCUCUGAAAUGCCUUUUAGUAUGCUAACACUGCUCAACUCAACAGAUCAUUAACCAUAUUCAACAUUGAGAUCUACAAGUGAUUUUACAUCGUUUUAUCACAGGGAAUAUUGCUGUUUUUCUAGAGGGUUAACACAUACUGUGAUAUGGAUUUUGUGGUAUCUGUCAUCAAAACACUGCUUGUUCAUGAAGAGGCCUUUUCAGGGCUUUUUAUCAUCUUGUUUAAUGAAGUCAGUGUCACACAAAUGGAUUACAGUGUGUUUGUAGUCUGUAUAGAUAAUUAACCCAGGAAACAGAAAUAAAGAAUGCAGUUUCACUUUAUAAGGGUCAGCCAUGAGACUUUUAUCAAGUGUUAAUCUCAAACACCCCUUCCUUUGUAUGGAAUGUAUUGCAUUUUUUGGAAAAUACAUUUGGAUGGUAUCAUCCAUCUUGUGAGCCAAAAAAAAACACCAUUUUCAUGCAUUUUUAAAAGGAGCGUAAAAAAAUUAUGUUUGAGUUUGAAGAGUCGUAUAUGACAGGGUCGUAUUUAUCUUUGGACUGUUUCAAACUUUAUGUGGUGAAAAGUGAAAAUGCUGUGGAAAAUGUAUAUCCUUC